UUUAAGGGGGGAAGGGUGUAUGAGAGAAAUGACUGCGUCUCUCAUUGUUUUAUGUUGAUCCAGCUUAGCUUCUUCCUUUCCUUUCUUUCUACUCUUCUUUUUUAUUUAUACUACUUCCAGUUUCAAACCUCUCCUUUUCCUUUCUCCAUUAAAUAAAUCAUCAUCCCUCCCAAAAUUACUUUGUUUAAUUUCUCCAUAAAAAUUAAACAAAUCCCAUCUCCCACAAAAACAAAGAUUAAAUAGAACUGUUCUUCCUCCUCUUGUCUAUUUCGAUUUUUUUAAAGUUUACUUUUAAUUUUCAUUAAAAAAAAGAAUUCAAUUCCUGGUAUAGUACAGGUAAUUUACUAAUUUUCUGUUUUUGAAUGCUGUUGUGGGAAUGGCGGGUUUAGAUUUAGGAACACCGAAUCGAUAUGUUCAUCAACUUCACCACCAAUCAUCUCACCACCGGUCGGACCUCCAUUUACAGCAGCAAAGGUCCGACCCGUCUGAAGACGAUGAUAAUAACAAUAACGAUCAUGAUGAGCACGGGUUAGACCUAGUCAACGUUUCCGGCGGGUCAGGACCCGGAGACAUAGUGGGGCGGCGACCCAGAGGAAGACCACCUGGGUCGAAGAAUAAGCCUAAACCACCGGUGAUAAUAACCCGGGAAAGCGCCAACACUCUCCGAGCUCAUAUCCUUGAGGUGGCGAGUGGUUGUGAUAUAUUCGACUGUGUCGCCUCCUACGCACGGCGGAGGCAACGGGGGAUCUGCGUCCUUAGUGGUACCGGAACCGUCACCAACGUUAGUCUCCGACAACCAGGAGGUGGCGGAGCAGGUGCGUCGGCGGUUGUUACGCUACACGGUCGAUUCGAGAUCCUUUCUCUAUCCGGGUCGUUUUUACCCCCACCUGCCCCACCCGGGGCCACAAGUCUUACCAUCUUCUUAGCGGGUGGGCAAGGGCAGGUUGUCGGAGGAAACGUGGUUGGUGAGCUGGUUGCUGCUGGACCUGUUAUCGUCAUCGCCGCUUCCUUCACCAACGUCGCUUACGAGCGGCUUCCGUUAGAAGAAGAGGAAUCCGCCGCUGCUGCCACUGGUGGUGGUGGUGGACUUCAGAUGCAAACCGGACCACCCGGUGGAAAUGGGGGUCAGUUCCCUGACCCUUCUUCAGGGUUACCUUUCUUAAACUUGCCUCUGAAUAUGCAAAACUGCCAGUUGCCGGUUGAUCAAUGGGCUUCUGCUAAUAACAAUUCAGCUGGUAGACCUCCUUUUGGAUAAUAAUACAAAAAAAUUUAAUCAAAUUAAAAAAAAAUGAAUUCAAAGCAGCAACAGCAGAAUCAGCUUGUUUUUUUUUUCUUUUUUUUUUUUCCUUUUUUUUUUCUUUAGUUAGAAAGUUUAAUUAGCUAGAAUAUUAUUACUACUACUACUGUACUACUCAACUCCCCAGCCAUUCGAUGUUGAUGUUGAUGAUGAUGAUGAUCAAUCCAACGGCUGUAAUCUCCCCGCCUCGCAACGGCAGCAUUUGAAGGAUCGAUCAGGUCAGCCAAUAAUAAUGUAACUUAUGUUCUUCUUCUCCUUCUUCUUCAUCUUGAGAGUAAUUAAUUUCUCUCUUUUUUUUUUCUGUAUUUUUGAAAUUCUGGAAAUAGUCUCCUUUUUUUUCCCUUCAUUUUCUUUGUGUUGGUGUUUUUGAUGAAGGAACUUCCUUAUUAUGUG